GGAAAUACCCACCAUGGAGCGUUACGGGCAGGCACUGGGCUUGACGGACCGCCCGCUUUGAUUGUUGAUGAGCCGCGGCGGCGCACGGGGUCGGGUGGAUAUAACACAGGCGGCACCCCCUCCGGUUGGGUUCGGUGGGAAGCCAUCCCGACUGGGGAGAGCGUCGCACUCGCACCACUGACACAGCGGGAGGGUCGGGGUUUUCUGGAGGUUGCGCGACUCCCGAGGAUCGACGACGGAGCAGAGAAUUUCCUUCUUCUUCGAUCGGCUCGGCUACGGGGGGGAUCCAUCCUGUCCGGCGAUCUGCGGUUUUAUCACCAUCGAAUUAUACAGUGGCUAUGUGGAGGUGUCAUAGGUUUUCUUAAUUAGUACAUAGAAGCUUGAGGAAAAUGUACAAUAGCGAUGGACAGGAUGACAUAUUCUUGGAGACAUCUGAUGAUAUAAGAAGUUCAACAUAUUUCUCAGCUAGGUGCAGCACAAGUGACCAAUUAUCAGCAUCAUGGGGACCUGAUCAGGAUGAGCUCUGGACAAGUGAAUUGAUGAGUGUCAAUGAAAGGCGGCACAGAUUCAUGAUUGGGAUGGGCUUUGUUAAACCCAUUCCUACUGGAAUCACCUUUUCGCAGUGGCAGGGAGAAAUUUUGGCUGACCGUGCAUUUCGUGACCUGGAGGAAAGAAUUAAUAGCAUCUGUUCUUCAUAUCGGCCGUCUUUUUCUCAUUGUGCAUCAGCACCAGAUAGUACUAGGAAUAGUGUUGUGCUUCAUGAAAGCGAGCACCAUGAACUGACUGGAAUACUUGAUGAGGUUGGUACAAACAGAAUCAUGAAUAUAGACCAGUCAGAAGGUUUUCUUAGCUUCUCUCAGCUUGUUCAUGAGUUCUUGCAGAAGGGCAGUGGUCGUGGUCCUGCAAGGGGAAUGAAUGUAGCAUUUAGUGAGAAGCAAAAGGAUACCAAGAGUUUUUGUGGAAAGUUCACAAGAAAGAAUGGAGAAGAUAUAAUUUGUUUGCAUGACACACGAAUGAAAAGCCUGAAGACAGGCACAUUGUUUACAACAAAAGUUUAUCAGCAGAACAAAAAGUGGAUGGACUUCUCUGCUCUCUACAUGUGCCAAGAAAUCCAUGCCCACGGAGGUUCAAUCAGGGUCAUGAAGUUCAGUACAUGUGGAUGGUAUUUAGCGAGUGUCGGCGAAGACUGCAUCGUGUGCAUUUGGAUGAUACAAGAAGUUGAAUCCUCUCCUGAUUUGUACAUCAGAGAGGCGCCUGUCAAAUCCUUGAACAGAAAUAAAGGCCUGAAAAUGAAGGUGGGAAAAGGCCAGAGACGAGCCCUUGCCAUAAUACCCAAGAAAGUUUUCAACAUUGCAGAGACACCACUGCAUGAGUUUCAUGGUCACACAAGUGAUAUCUUGGAUAUGACAUGGUCAAAAUCAAAUUUUCUCUUGACUUCAUCUAAAGACAAGACUGUACGCAUGUGGAAAGUUGGCUGUGAUGACUGUCUAGCAGUAUUCAAGCACAGAGAUUAUGUAACAUGCAUUCAAUCCAAUCCGGUUGACGCAAGAUACUUCGUUAGCGGCUCAAUAGAUGGCAAAGUCCGUGUUUGGGAUGUUUCAGAGAGGCGAGUAGUUGACUGGGCUGAUACAAAGGAUAUCAUAACUGCUGUGAGUUACCAGCCAGAUGGAAAGGGUCUUAUUGUCGGAAUCGCUUCAGGGAGGUGCCGGUUCUAUUACCAUGCAGGUGAAAACGUGGAACUGGAGAAAGUAAUGAAGGUAACGAAGAAGAAAUCUGCUGGUAGACAGAUCACCAGCCUUCAGUAUUCAAACGGUGAUCCUGCUGGGAUCAUGAUCGCUUCAGCAGGUUCUAAAAUUCGAGUCUCCGAUGGAGGAGCUAAGAUCAGCCGAAAGUUUGAAGGCCGGCGAGGCUCCAAGGUCCUGGUACCGCCGUCUCUGACCUCCGACGGCCAGUACCUUGUGUCAGCAGGUGGCGACUCCAACGUCUACAUCUGGAACUUUGACGGGCCAGCAGCGGGCAAAAGCACCACCACCGGAGCAUCAAGAAGAGUUCGUUCCUGCGAGCACUUCUUCUCCAAGGGCGUCACGUCCGUGGCGACAUGGCCGGGGAUGCUGCAGCAGCAAGAAGAUCUCCAGUCGUCGUCGUCGUCGUCGUCGUCGAAGGGGGCCACCCCGACGCUUUGCCGCGACCGCGAGUUCUGCUCGUUUGGGACGUGGUUCUCGGCGGAUGGAGCGAGGGGCGCCGCGACGUGGCCCGAGGAGAAGCUGCUGCCGUCGCUCAAGUACGUCAACUGCGCCGGGAUGGACGAGUGCAGCACCAAGGUGUCGGCCGCCUGGAACAAGGUCGUCGUCACCGGCGGCCGCGACGGGGUCAUCCGAUGCUUCCACAACUAUGGACUACCGGUGAAGCUGUAGGCUUGCGAGAUCUAUGAGAGCUAGCUGCAUGCAUGCGCGUGUAUGUGGAAAAGAGCGUGGCGAUUGCCAGCCUGCCCAUUACUGUUUCUUGUACUGUACAUUCCAUGGAAGUUCUAGGACGAGGGUGUACAUUGGUUUGCUUGCUUUGGUGCAAAAGAAUGAGUCGUUAAUUAACAGGGAUCGUGGUACAUUGAGCUGAGCAUGGAGUUUCCUAAUGGUUUGCUUGUAGCGGGAAGCCUAAAAUUUCAAGCAGUUGUUUUUAUGUACCUUGUUUUUUUU